GGUGGUUUUGUGCGCAUGUGAUCUGCGCAGUCAGCUUUUAUUCCGGAAAUCAUGGCGUCUGUGUUGAACGCUGAAUUAGAUAACAUGGAUGUUCCUAUCGAAGGAGUCCCUGCAGAUGCAUUUAUGGAUGAUACAAUUGAAGAUCUAGUGGCGAUACAAACUGCCGCACUUGCCGAAGUUGCUAAACAAGAACAACAAGCACAAGAAAGGGAGAGAUCGAGGUCCCCUACAGACAAGAGGAGAAAACGGUCAAGAAGCCGAGAUCGGGGAGGCAGGGGAGGAGGACGAGACAACAAAGGAGGGGACCGAAGGAGAGACAGAGGAGGAGACCGGGGGCGGGAUGGGGGAAGGUAUAGACCCACGUAUGCAAGCAUCCCAGGAGCCAAGAGGAAUAAGGUCAUCCGCUAUGACUGCUGUGUUUUCAUCAGUAACAUUGAGUACAAGGUGACGUGGCAAGAACUCAAAGACAUACUCAAGAGGCAUGUUGGAGAUGUUGGCUAUGUAGAAUUAUUUGCUAACACUGAUGGAACAUCAAAGGGCUGUGCGUUUGUUGAAUUCAAGAGCAAAGAUGACGCCAAGAAAGCCCUCACCGAGAUGGAUCGCUUUGAAGUCCACAACAGAAAACUGGUCGUGAAGGAGGACUCUGAGGGUCGUCAUAGUGAGAAAUACUUCAGGCAGCGUGAGGCCGAGGACAAGGCGAGGAACGUGCUGACCCCUCAGCUGCUGACCCAACUGAACCUGGACCCCAACAACCUGUGUGACACUGUCUUUGUGGCUAACCUCCCCUACGACGUCUCCUGGAGGAAACUCAAGGAUGUCUUCAAGAUGGCUGGCCCUGUGUCGAGGGUGGAGAUCAUGGAGGAGAAGGGCAAGAGCAGGGGGAUGGCCACGGUCCAGUUUGAGACCAUCCUGGCCGCGGUCAACGCUAUCUGUAUGUUUGACGGUCAGACCUUGUAUGACCGCCGCAUGGCUGUGAGGAUGGACAAGGAGAAGGUCAGAACGGGCGGAGGGGGAAAGGAACCCGCCCCUAGACCACCUCCUCUCCCAAGUGGUCUGAGCGGUAUUGGACCCAGCAUCGAGUCCUUGGCCGGAGGUGGAGGUGGAGGAGGAGGAGUAGACUUGGGCAGAGGAGGAGGGGGAGGUGGAGACAUGGGUCGAGGUGGAGACAUGGGUCGAGGAGGAGACAUGGGCCGUGGUGGUGGAGGAGGAGGAGGAGGAGGCAGCAUCGGUCUCUCGGAUCUUGGAGGGUACGGUGGAGGAAGCAGUCUUACCCAAGGACUCGGAGGGCUUGGUAGCCUAGGAGGUGGUCUGAGCGGUCUUGGACUCGGAAGCCUGAGUGGACUUGGAGGAGGUAGCCUAAGCCAGAAUCUGAGGCAGAACCUGGGCCAGGGCUUGAGUGGUGGACUAGGAAACAGUCUGGGCUCAUAUGGUGGAUCUGGAAUGAGCAAUCUUGGGUCCGCCGGUCUAGGGGGACUAGGAGUAGGACUAGGUAGUCUCGGAAACAGUGGGAGUGGAUUGGGUCUCGGAAGUUCGGAUCUAGGUCGUAACAACUCUGGUCUAGGAAGCUUAGGAGGGUUCGAUCUGGGCAUCGGGUCUGGGAGCAUGGGCGGCAGGAGCCAGAGCCUUAUCGGAGGCAACAACGAUCAUAUGGACAGGGGCCUGAUGGGGAUGUCGGGACUCUACGGGAACAACGAUCGUGAUUUCAUGGACAGCCGUGAUAGAGACAGGGGCAUGGGAGGCAUUGGCGGCCUUGGCAACCUUGGAGGCAUCGGAGGAGGUGGUGGUGGCAUGGGAGGAGGAGGAGGAGGGGGUGGCGGCGGAAGGGACAGGUACAGGAACAAUGACAGGGAUGACAGGAGGGAUCGGGAUCGAGACAGGGGGGACAACAGGAAUGAUAACAGGCGUGACAACAGGAAUGAUAAUAAUAGGCGUGGUGGUGGAGGAGGAGGAGGAGGAGGUAAUAAUGGCGAUGGUGGUGGCGGUAGAGGACGAGAUAGGGGAGAGAAAGGAAUGGCCAAGGAAGGAGGAACACAAGUCUUUGUGCGCAACCUCCCAUUUUCUUACUCGUGGCAAAAACUGAAGGAUGUCUUCAAGGAUGUUGGUAACGUGACAUUCGCAUCCGUAAAGACCGACGAAAGAGGGCAGUCCCGUGGAUUUGGAACAGUUCGAUUCGACAAUUCCAUGGAUGCACAGAAUGCCAUCAACAUGAAAUCAGGAUCCAUUCAAGAAGGCCGUGAAAUUGAAGUCACCAUGGAUUGCUACUGAGAUGGGCAUGAAAUAUCAGUUUAAUCUCUCUUUAUCUAUCUGUCUCUCUCUCUCUUUCUCUCUUUUAUUUUUUAAAGCAUCCUUUGCUUGUGAUGUUUGCUUCUCUUCUCGUCUGUGCUUGUACAUAUCUCGCUCCGUCUUCUUUUAUGUUGCGUCCAAUCCUAGCCGGUUUCUUCGGUCUGCCUUUCUUGUGUUCUACUUUUAGGUAAGGUUUCAAGUCCCACCAAUGGCAAAUCCAUUCGGCUUCUGAUGCAAUGAUUCAGUCAUGGUGAAACAUCUUCGUAAAUCGUGCGUCACUAGCUUCAGAAGGCUAUGUCGUAUUUCAAAUUUGCCUAGAACUGUUAAAAUGCUACUCAAGAUCUUGUUCACUUGGCUGUUGCGUUCUUCAGCAUUUCUCCACACAAGGACUAAUAGUUUACAAUUUCAGCUCAGAAAUUGCCUUCUCAUUAAAUUUACCUGCAGAGUAUAACUACUUCUCAUCAUAUUUGUAUAGUUUGUGUGCGCAUCGUAGUAAAUAUGGACUUGCUUUUUAAAAGAUUAUCAACUGUUGUAGUUGUUUGGUUUUAGAUGUGUAGACAUUCCAUUUCACAUACCAAGUGAUGUUUUAUAUCUCUUUGGCCGUGAAGCAGUACACAUAAUAUAGAUUUGCUCUGUUUAUUGAUAGUGGUGUGAAUUUCACUGCUGAAUUUGGCCGAUAUUCAUGGCUUCCUGAUCACAGUCACUGUAUUGUGGUUUUUAUCCUCUGCAAAAUUAUUAUUAAAGAUGUGAGAAUAAAUUAAGUUUGCAUAACUGAAUGUUAAGAGAAGCUUAUUAAUGUGGAGGAGUUAGCUUUGUUUGGAAUGUACCACCUUUUCUUGCUCAGAUUUUGUUCAGUGAUUUCGUCAUUGAAGAUUCUGUCUUGAGAUGUUUUUAAGUUUUGUAACAUGUAUUUGUCAAAAUGAUAAGAGGUGCUGGACUAUAAUAAUCAUUGGAAUAGUGCUUUUCUCAAGACUGGAAAAAACAGGGAUAAUAUUGCUCUUUUCCUGACAAGUAACUAUUUUUUUUACAGAAAGUAACAAUAAAUUAUGUGGAAAGCAUCAAGUUUAUUCAUUGUAUAUAAAUGUAGACUUCACUGCUGCGGUUCAUUUUUCGUGUGAAUUUGUGGAUGUCUAAUUUUACUCUCUAAACCUUAAUCAAUGGUUGGAGAAAAAGUAAUGAGAAAAAAAAGUAUUCUUAAAGAUAUUCCACAGGGUCUGGCUGUUUUGUCAAUUUUUGCUAGCAAACCUUUCCUUUGGUUUAAGUAUGUAUAUAUCUCAUCAAGAAAUUGCGACAAUUCGUUGGAUGCUCUUUGAGGUGGCUGUAUUGAAUUAUUUUAAGUAUACCAAUUCAUCAUCUAUUUUGCCCAUGUUAUCUUUACAUGGAUCUGGAGUGAGUCUACACAUUUCUAUCAUGGGCUCGUGUUAAAGAUGAUGGUGAUUUUAGUUUACAGAAAAAUCUAUACAGUAAACAAUCUGGACCUGUUCGUAGUUUGAUCUCAGUCAGCUAAGAAUAAUGUUUCUCAUUGAAAUUGAUGAUACGCUAUGAAGUCUUCUUGCUUUAUUCACUCUUUAAGUCAUUCAUUUAACAUCAGUACACCAGAAGACUUGCGAAAAUAUGUAUGCAUUAAUUGUCAAAACUGCUUAUUCAUUGAGGAACUUUUGUGAAGGAUAUUUUGGUUUUUUAUUUGGUGAGGGUCAAGUUUUCCAGCAAGUCUCGGAGAUGAGAGCACAAUAUUCAGCUCUGAAACAUACUCCAUACUUCCUGUUCAUGUUCUCAUCCAGCUUAGUCUUAUCAGGAAUGUUGCAGGACUGUUUGUUUUUUAAAGCAUCGUACAAUUAUAAAUGAUUACUUUUAACUUCUACUGUUGUGGUCAAAACUUGUUCUAGAUUGAUUUGAUGGACGUAAAAUUGUCAAAUUAAAGCAUUUCUGUAGUCAAUAGAAGA